UGAUACAUUAAAGGAUAUGUAGUUCCGUUAGUACUAGUCUAAAGUCAGUUGUAUAUCCACACUAUCACUAACCAUUUUUUAGAGAGAAAAAGUGAAGAAAGAAAUGGCGAACCAGUUGGGAAGUCUAAUGGAGACGAUAAAAUCGAAGGUGAAUUAUGCAUUGAAGAGGAAGAACAAGUCAAAGAAGCCUUACUUGAAGAUGGAUAAAAGCGCCAGUGUUAAGGUGGAAAUUCGCAGUAGAAAAGCUCGUCAACUUAUUGAUAAAACGCUUAAAGCCGCUGAUCAACCCAACAAGUUAAGCCUUUAGAUCGACUUAAUCGAUCUCUUUAAUUUGUUAUUUAUCGAUCGUAAUUCAAAUUAUAUCAU